AUGAAGUCUCUCUUCUUCAUAUCCAUGCUGUCUGUUAUACCUCUCGUAGCCUCCCUGCCGACGGCGUUGGAAGACGACGAGAAGAUCCACCAAGAGGCCAGCCGGUUCAGAUAUCCGUGGUUGAACAUGACACUGAGCAACCUGGCCACCGUCUGCCAAAAGACAGAGACCUCAGAUAUGUAUAACUGUACACUCGAUUUCGACUUUUACGAUUACAACACAGAAGGCGUCGUCGAUGUCAACGGCGCUCACUGUAAUGCAACUUGGCCGUGGGACGGGAUAACCCCUGACAACGGCCCAAACAACGAUUUCCCCAUCAAUGGAGCAUUCUGCUGGACGUCACCAACGAACCUCUUCUCGUUCAAGGUCGUCGAGUUCCGUUCAGCCUCAAAUUUCAUGAUAUCUGUGAGCCACUUGUACAAAGACUCCAGAUUCUUUCAAUUUCCAUACGACGGUCGCAAAGCCAUGGUCGAGGUCAAAAUUCCAAACAACCAUCCGGUACCUCCAUUGGCUCCAUUCGUCCCUCCUGUCAACCAGUUCGAAUUCAUCGCCACAGCAACAAUAUCGAAGCGCACAGACGGUUUAUCGUAG